AUGGCCUUGGGUACACUGGAAAGUGUUUUCCCACCACAUAAGUAUCGGCACCUUUUACGGCCGCAUUCAAUCAUCACAUCCACCUCUGUUGUUUACAUGGCCAGUUCAGACAGCGGCCUUACAAGAAAUGAACUCACUGCUAUCGUGAGUAUAAUUAUUUUCCGGCUAAACCACAAACCAUUCAGAAAACUCCAGUGCCAUCCAGCCACAUAUGAUGGGAAUGAACUCAUUCUACAAUAUUCGCCGCUGUGGCGCUUUGGGACAGAGGCACUAAGUAGCGCCUAUGAAACUGUCUAUGCGCUAGCUUUUGAGUGA